CGUUCUUGCGUCGCCUCGCCGUUCACGGCCUUUCAUUCUUGUGUCGCACACUGCCGCGGUAGGAUGUGCUCCACAUUCCGGCUCGUUGGUAUUUAACCGCUCGAAGUCGUCGGGACUCCCACGUGUUUUAGUGAGAUAUCGUGCGUAAAGUGCGUUUGUCAGCUCAUUCCGCAAUAUCGGAACCUUGGAGAGAAUUCCACAGAUUAAGAUUCGCACGAAGUAAUCGGCGCGCUUUGGAUACUACGUCUCACACGUGCACGCGUGGAAAAGAGAGAGAGAAAUAUAUAUCCAUGGCGUUCUCGCCACGUUGUUCGUAAAAACUGCAGGAAGCCGAUGAAUCGCCACUGCCAUGCCGUCCGGACGAAGUACACGACCGGUUUCUAGCUUUCUGCCCGCGGCUGUAACAUGUGGGUAAAACGCGACAUGCUCGAUAAUCCGUGGAUGCGGAGAUUUAGAAACUUCGCAGCAAGCAUACACGCAUCCGCAUAUCUGAAUAGAAAAUACGUAUAAUUUAUGAAAUGACGUAUGUUCGCGCAGGUAUCGGCAGCGUGGAACAACGACAACGCGUGCGGCAGCAUAGAUAUUGUCUUCGGAGCAGCGGCGUAACUUCGGAAGAGCGAACUAUCUUGGGGGAACAUAUUUCCGUUUGGCGAAGUAUUCGACGAAUCGAGAUCCCGAUUCUCGAUUCUGUUCAGCGGAAAUCUCGCGAGAAGUUCGCGAGCGGGGCGGUGCUCGCCGCUCCCCGUCCGGAAUUCUGUCAGAAUUCCACGAGAAUACAAGAUGAUGUUGACACAGGAGCCCGGCUGGAAGCUGGAGCGCAAAGGCUCGGGCGCGCAAGUGUUGCGCAAGGACGGCACGCACUUCAAGAGCAGUACCGCGCGCGUUUGCUUCCGGUGCGACGUGGAGGUGCGUGAGUUCGAGCGCGACGAGGACGAAGGCGCGACGGAGAUGAUGGAGACGGAAACCGCCGCGAGUCCGCUGGCGAUGCUGUCCAGCUGCGUAGCGGCGCUCUGCGUCACCAUUCUGCUGCCGUGGCUGCUGAUCGGCGGCUAGAUUUUGUCGCCAAUCACGGGGCAUGGCUCCGAUUGCGGAGCUCACGCGGAACCUCAUCCCUCCGACUGACUUCCGACUGCGAGAAAGCACGUACCUCGAGCGCUGGGAUCCGCCAAUUAUCACACCGACGGAGUAAUCGUUCGGAGAUAUAUCCGGCAGUUGAUGGACGGCUGUAAUCCCGUGGGUCAAUAUUUCUCGCCAGCGAUUAACUCGGACGUGUCCAACGAUCGUCAAGAUUGUAUUUUAUACCAUGGAUGUGCGUUGGGCGCUUUUUCGAUCAAACUCGCCACUCCCCCGUUCGAAUAUCGGACGGUCGGAUGUCAUUCGAGGAAUGACAUCUUAAAUUGCGCGGACGUGAUUGCUCACGGUAGUGUCGCACUGCCGGCGGUUCGGAUCGGAGAGAUGAUAGACGGGUUUUAUCGCUAUGAUCGUACAGGAUUUGUGAUUGCAUUCGUCGUGCUCGCUUCGUAUUUGUCAUCGGAUACCGCAAACACGGCGGAUGCAAUCACAAAUCCUGCAGUGUCCGAUCGAUACGCCGAUUCGGAGGUUUGUUACGCUCUUAUCGAUCCUACAACAUUCCGGAAAUUCUCUGACGAAUUUAUGACGAUGCGGUAUUUGGAAAAUUCGAACGCAUCGGAGGAGAUUCCUGUUUUAAUAUGUGAUAAAUGCGAGCGUAUUUGCAAUUUAGCGACGGAUAGAAAUCCGGAAUUUGCUCGAAGAAUAUAGAAUUGGCGUAUAUUUUCUUCAAGGAUUUAAGGAUUGUGGGAUUUUAAAGUUAAAUGAAACGCGACGAUACCUAAUGUACCUACCUACCUACCUACAAAAAAAAAAAACAUUUACUGAAAGAUCUAAAAAUUGUGCAAGUAGUGCACUCGAUUUUGGUAGAUCAUCAAAACUUUUUGCUGCGAUAUGAAAAAAAGAUCGAGUGCUGCAUUGAGAGAGAGAGAGAGAGAGAUAAAUUUUGAUUGUCCAACAAAAUUUAUUUUCAGAUCUGUAUUUGGCAUAAUUUUUAGAUCUUUCAGCAAAAGUGUUCUUUCUAGGUAUUAUAUCCAAGAUUUUCAAUGUUGCAAAUAGUAAGGAUAUUUGACUGAUAUACAUAAUUAUAGCGAAGUUAAGCUCUUGUAAAAUAUAUAAUGUAGAUCUUGCAAUAGUGAUAUAAGAUUCAAUGUGAUUGUAUUUUAUUUUAAGUGUUGUCACAUAAAUUAAAUUUUUUAAACAUUUUGUACAUAAUGUAAAAAAUAGCUUCUACGAAGGAGGCGAAUUAACGACGGAUAAAAAGAUUUAAAAUCUGA